GAAGUUUGACAGCCCUGUCCCACAUGCUGACAUUGACGGUGUAGAAGGGAAAGUGCCAGUAACUGUCUUUUAAAAGUAUUUUUAUUUGUAUUGUAUACAUAGAAAAUAUAUAUUUAGCUAGUUGUCACGAUGAGUUUCAACUCGAAGGUGCUACAUAACGGAUCUAGAAUGUCAACCGUGGUGGAUUGUGGGAAUAAUACUCUCCGGCAGUGUCUGCAGGCCCGCUCGCAGCUCGAGGCAGCCAUUGCUGGAGUGACUCAGGCAGAGGCGCAGCUGAGAGACAACUCCAGGGAGGUGAAAGCCCAGCUCCACAGCUGCAUCAGCAGACACCUGGAGAUCCUGCGCUCCCGUGAGGUCUGGCUCCUCGAACAGAUUGACAUCGUCCAGCAGCUCAAGGAGGAAUCCCUGCAGCAUCAGCUGCAGCAGCUCCAUUGGCUCCUGGGUCAGUUUGAUAUCCUCAUUCAUCAACUGGAAAAUUCCAACAGCUACGACUUGGCUAAUCAGAUCACCAGUUGCCUAGAGAAGUUGUCCACUGUGAACCUGAAACCGGAGGAGAUCCCAGACAUGAGCUUCCAGGCAGACGUCCGUCCUCUGCGCCAGGCGAUCACCUCCUUUGGCACCAUUGCCACUCAGCAGAUGGAUGUCAGUAAUGGCACCCCCAAAAGCUUGAGCUCCACCAGCAGGCCUUGGCUGCACCAGGCAUGCCCCAUUGCUACCAAGAAACAGAGAUUAGAGGCCGAAUGCAACUCGCCGCUUGCCGAUUGGCUUCUUGGCAGCCGACCUCCAUCCAGUGGUCCAGUUCAUUACCAGGCCAGUGAGAACCCACAGGAUUGGCUGUUUACCACUGGCGAGAGGGUCCAGGUGAAGCAUUCCCUUGUGCCAUUUGACUUCCUCAAAGCCUGGGGCCAAUUGAAGGACCUGGAGGCCUGGCUGUUGAAGGAGGAGAUUCCCACCAGAGAAAGGACCAUGAGCAAUGCCAGCAGUAGCUCCACUUUCUCCAUUGAGAAGAUUGACGACUCUGAGCUAAACUUCAGCAUGGAAGAGGAAGAAUUGGAGGAGGUAGGGGGACCGAAGGAGAAGAUGGCCGAGGUGGAUGAGCUAAGUGAUUGGCUGGUCACUCCGAUCAAGUGUGGUGAGAAGCGUGGGGGUCUGGCAGAUGCUGAGAAGUGGAAGGAAGUUUUCAAGCCCUUUAACAGAUCCUUCACUCCCAGCGACUGGCUGCUGAAAACGGACUGCAGCUCGUGCUGCUCCACACGUACCAAGGCCAUCGAGAUAGAGAACCUGGGCAAGCUGAAGUGCCUGAAGCAAAGUCCCUCCUCCACCCCUGUGGCCCCUGCCACCUUCCUGGAGACCUGGCUGCUGCAGAAUCCGCCAGUUCCUGUGGAGCAGGUGUGCAAGGCCAACGAGCCAUGUUCCACCUUCCAGGAUUGCGUGUGUGACGAGAAUUGUGGCAAGGAGGCCCUCAGCGCUUGGCUGCUGAAGAAGGAAGGAUGCAACAAGAAUUGCAAGCCGUCGGCCACCCAGCAGCACAAAGUGGAAGCCAUUCUGGAGGCCUGGCUGCACCCAAAGCAUGACGCUCCCAUGAUGUCCUCGCUCUCCAACUGGGUGUCGCCCUUAGCCUGUGGCCUAGAGAAAGCCAGUAGGGAGUACGCUACUUCUGAGGACCCGAUCCACAAGGCCUGGGUGGGGGACUGGGUGCAACCCGAAAAGAAGCAGGCUCAACCAAGUACACAAACCAGCGUGGACUCGGAGGAGGACAAGUGGUUGAUGCUCAAGAGGACUCAAGUCCAAGAGCGAUAUGGCCUUCCCAAAGUAUGUGAUCUGUUCUCCUGUAUGAAGCUCGGUGGAGACAAGGAAAAAUGGCUGCACAAGGAACCUAUACAGAUGUGAAACACUAGAAGAUCCUUGAACCAUUAGGAAUUUUCUGAUUUCUGAACACGCCUUCCCUGGUCACCUCUUCAAAGUUUUCUGAGGCGACUGGACUCCUUUCAUCACCCCUGGCUUUGCUCCCCCAUUUCUCAUAUGUCUGUGGAAAUUUGGUCUGUUCCCCCUUUUGGUCAGAUUAGCGUGUGGAGUGGCAUGGGCACCGUGCUGUGCAAACCUGGUUGCUCUGUAACAAAUCUGUAGGAACUUCUUUGAAUCAAAGAGUAGAGCUCUCCUAAGCUGGUGAUGGUAGGAGGGGCAGACAUACAAUCUAAUUAACCUCAAUAAUGGGAACAGGAGCACUGAAGGCUACCUGUCUGUGCUUAGUAGGACCAGGCUUGUGCAUCAGAAAAACAUUCAGCUAAUGUGGAGGUGGACACAUGCUUAAGGAGUUAGGCCUGAGAAAUGUAGGUUUUAAUGGGAUUUUAUGGGAUGAUUUUUUUUUUUUAAACAGCACAGUAACUUUGAAUAAAGCAGACCAGUCACCAUAUCAUACUUAACCAGAAGUCUUGGCACACAGUGAUCGUCCCCCAUUUCAAUCAAAUGACAACUCUGUGUCAUAUAUAUAAAUUUAUAUAAUAAUAUGUGUACACACAAACACAUCUUCAUGUUGAACUAACCCACUAGGUCCAGCACUAUUUCUAUGAUUUAUCUUGAUGUGACACCCAGGUGUCUAACUGCUAAGGCAAAAUUAUUACUUCUAGUCAAGGUGCUUGCUGUAGUAACACAAAACAAACCCUCACCACCAACGCAGUUUUGCUUUGCUGCAUUAGGUCACUCAGCCUCACCAAUCUGGUGCUGGCAGCCGGGACUGUUUUACCUCUUUGUGUCCUUGCAGCUUCCUGUGGGCCGGGGAGGUGGGCGAGAGUGUGGGGCCAUUAUGCCGGCUUUAUGGCGAUAACGGGGCCGAUGAAGUCUGCACAGGGGGAGGAUGUUAAACUGGUAGUUCAUCUUUAACAUGUUAGUAAGAACAUCUGUGGAGCCAGUCAAGAUAAGGGCCAAGAUAGAGGGCUGCAUGCAAUAGAUUAGAGGCAGGAGGAGAUGAUGCAAGUCCAGUGCAGGAGAUGGUAAAUAUGGCCACCAGGGGACUCGGGGCUCCCACAGUACCUUCAUUUGCCCAAGUUGUUGCCCUGUGGGACCUCAUGACUCUGAUGGACUCUGGAUGAAACGCAUUGUUGCGUUGCAGUGUCACCUGGAUUGCUGGGGCUUUGUAUUCAAGUGCUCAUACCAUGUUGUUGUACUAUAAGCAAGUCCUUACAUUUCGAGUGCUUCUUCCUGCUUUGGUAACCUGUCAUAUUUAACUUAAUAAAAAUGAUUAAUCGAU